AUGACAGGUUUUGUGAAAACUUGGUUUUCGAAAAGUUUCGCUACAGUAACCCAUGAAACCAUAUUCCAGGUGACGUGGUCAUUCCAACCAUCCCGAUGUGAACUUCUCUCUCGAGUUGACGAAACAAUUCAUGAAAGAGUCAAGUUCGUCAGUAAGACAUCCGUUUGUACCCAUCAAGACUUAUGCUCCCAAAGUACCUCCGUCAUCACUGGAAUCACUUGUGAUGAAUUUAUGAAAGUGCUCAAUUGA